AUUUUCUCCUGUAAGAAGGAAUCAUUUCAUCAUGUUUCUCAAGCGAGAACUGAAGUUGUUGAAUGUUGAGACAUUUUAACAUUUUUUAUCCCCAGUGUGCGCUGCAAAGGAUAGUUCUGCCGCAUUCAUCGUAGAGGGCUAGCGCUGUUUAAAUAUGUAAUAGUUCUGGCUGAUCAGAACCAGUCUAAUAGUAGCCGUGCGCCAGGUUGGGAAAGUGCGCGAUGCGCGAUUUGUUCGAAUUGAGCUCCGUAGAAUAAAGAAAUUUGUACAGGAUGAUGUACGCUGUUAGUGGAUUAUUGUCGCUGGUGCUAAGCAAUUACUACUAUUGUGCACAAGCACAGGAUAGUAUUAUGUCAGUUUUUGAGUUCCUUCAGGAUGGCGGCAAAAGACUGAACAAUGAACUUCCCGAUCGGAGGGACCUGAAAGAUGAAUACGACUUUGUAAUUGUUGGAGCCGGAUCAGCCGGAUGUGCUCUAGCAGCCAGGCUGUCGGAAAUUAGUGAUUGGAAUAUUUUACUCAUUGAAGCUGGUGCGAAUGAAAACCUACUGAUGGAUAUUCCGAUGUUUGUGCAUUAUAUGCAAAGUUAUGACGUGAACUGGGAUUAUAGAACAAAGCCAAGUGAUCAGUACUGUCUAGCAUUUAAAAACAAUCAGUGUAGAUUUCCACGCGGCAAAGUGAUGGGCGGAUCAAGUGUGCUCAAUUAUAUGAUAUACACCAGGGGAAACCGAAGGGAUUUCGAUAGUUGGGCCGCAGCCGGAAACGAAGGAUGGAGUUAUAAGGAAGUGCUACCAUAUUUCCAAAAACUAGAACGCAGUGUUGUUCCUGACGCGUAUCCUGGAUAUGCGGGGAAGAAUGGUCCGUUGUCAGUAUCGUAUGUACCUUACAAAUCCAAAAUAUCCAAGUUGUUCGUGGAGGCGUCAUCACAAGCCGGAAUCCCAUACGUGGAUUACAAUGGACCUAAACAAAUUGGAAUAUCGUUCAUGCAAAGUACCACCAGAAAUGGAUACCGUGAUAGUACAAACGCGGCAUACUUGUACCCAUUGAAAAAUCGAACAAAUUUACACGUGAAGAAGAAGAGUCAAGUUACCAAAAUUCUAAUCGACAAAGAAUCAAAAAAAGCUGUUGGUGUGAAAUUUUAUCACAAUCGCAAAUACUAUACAGUCAAAGCACGAUAUGAAGUAAUAUUGUCUGCCGGAGCGAUAGGUUCCCCUCACCUAUUGAUGCUAUCCGGUGUUGGUCCUAAGCGGCAUUUACAAGAGAAAGGUAUCAAGCUAAUAGCAGACUUGCCUGUAGGCUAUAAUUUCCAAGACCACACUGCAGCGGGUGCACUCACUUUUCUUGUCAACAAUACUAUUAGCAUGAUGGUGGAAAAGGAAAUGUCACUCGAGAACUUUAUGGAUUUCCAAAUACGUCACACGGGGCCACUAACGUCAAUCGGCGGAUGUGAAACAAUAGGCUUUUUCGACUCAGAAGACCCUAAUGAUGCUGAUGGAUGGCCAGAUUAUGAAUUAAUGCAAAUCGGCGGAACUAUGGCAGGCGAUCCAUCCUUCGAGAUAAACUUCAACUACAAGCACGAUACAUUUCAAAAGUUGUUUGGAGAAAUUCAACGGAAAAGCCUCAGUGGAUUCACUGUUUUUCCAUUGAUUUUGAGGCCCCGGAGCAGCGGCAGGAUUUACCUUAAAAAUGCCAGCCCUUUCAAGUACCCUGUGAUAGAACCAAACUACUUCUCGGAUCCAUACGACUUGGACAUCUCGGUGAAAGCCAUUCGUAAGGUACUAGAAAUCGUAGAGCAGCCAGCAUUGCAAAAAAUCAACGCUCAUUUAUUGCCCGUGCCAAUGCCAGGAUGCGAGCAGCACGAAUUCAACUCCGAUGACUACUGGCGCUGUUUCACGAGACAUGCCACCUAUACCAUUUAUCAUCAUGUGGGUACAUGCAAAAUGGGUCCACGAAAGGACCGCACGGCUGUUGUUGAUCCCCGUUUACGGGUACACGGAAUCCAAGGGCUUCGGGUGGUAGAUGCGAGCAUUAUGCCAAAUAUCCCUGCUGGGCACACCAAUGCACCGACGGUGAUGAUCGCUGAGAAAGCUGCCGAUAUGAUCAAAGAAGAUUGGAACAUGGUUCGGUGACGGUAGUUUUCGGACCGGAAAACGGUAAAGACAAACAAGCUUUAAUUUAUUGUGAUCGGACUUAGGAGAAGACUAGAUAAAUAAAUUGUUUAGUUCAAUACGCGUUAAAUUAUGUUUUUUUGUGAAUUAUAUUCCGAAAGUUUUGUUCUUGUUUCAUCAAAUCUGUGUUGUGAUCAAGUGUCAACCGGGGCUGCAACAAUAAGUUGGUUUUCUCGAUUAAGCUGCAAUGCAAACAUGAAGAAAUCAUGUACUUUUCUCAAACUUACGAGCUUAUCAUAAUAUUUUGUGUAAUUUCUCAAAAUAUAUGUUGUAUAUGGUUGCUAGCUAUGGCCAUUGC